AUGAGUGUUUUGAGAACCAUUUUUGAAGUUCUUCAUUCGGGAGGAAAGUUCGACAACAAAGCCUACAAAACCUCCGGUGGACUGCACGGAGUUGGAGUAACCGUAGUUAAUGCCCUUUCCAAAUCUUUACGCGUAGAAAGUAGCCGCGAAGAAAAAACCGAAACCUUAAUCUACGAAAAGGGAAAAUUAAUUUCUUCGCAAAUUACUGACACUCUCAAACGAAAUAAUGGUCUGCUAGUAGAAUUCACCCCCGAUUCGGAAAUUUUCAAGGAAUUCACCUAUUUCAAAGUAGAAAUUAUUCAAAGACGCUUAAAAGAAAUAGCCUAUCUAAACCCUAAUUUGACCUUAUAUUUUGCUACUUCUCCCACAGCCGAACCAAUUGUUUAUCACUUCAUUGGGGGCUUAAAGAGUUGGGUUGAAGAACUUCAUGCUGGAAAGACAACCUUGGGGGAGAUUUUUCAUAAGACGGUGGAAGAAAAAGAGCGUGAAUAUUUUCAAUUAAGUUUGGCUUUUCAGUAUCAGGACAGUUACGACAAAAAUAAUAUUCGUUCUUUUUGUAAUAAUAUUCGCACGGGUGGCGGUGGUUCCCAUGUCAGUGGUUUCGAGAGCGGUCUUUUGGAAGUUUGUAAAGAACUAGUCCUCAAAGAUAAUCCUAAUUUAGAAAUUGAACCCAAUGAUAUUUUGGUGGGCUUGACAGUGUUGAUUGCGGUCCGCAUUAAAGACCCCGAAUUUGCCGGACAAACCAAAGACCGGUUGGCUAAUCGAGAAGUGCGGGAAAAAGCCAAAAAGUACACCCAAGAAUUAGUAAGCGGUUUUUUUCAAGAUAAUGCCGCUACGGCUAAAAUCAUUAAGGAAAAAAUUAUCGAUAAUGCUAAACUUCGCCUACACUUAAAAGAAGAACAAGACAUUUUUCAAGGCGGAAAGAAAUCACUCGAUUUAGUGAAAGUAUUAUCCGGUUCGGAACAAAAUGAGGAAAUUUUUUUCGUGGAAGGUAAGUCGGCGGGUGGUAGUGCUGAGGAAGGCCGAGAUGUGAAAACCCAAACCGUUCUUGCUCUCCAAGGUAAACCACCCAACGCUUUGAAAUUAGUGCGGCGGGUUCUCCAAAAUAAACAAAUCCAUAACAUUCUAUUAGCCUUGGGUUUUGCUGAUACCAAAGGUCUCUUGAAGAACAAUUACAUUCGCUUUCGUCCCCAAUUGGAAAAAAAAGUAUUAGACGAGGAAUUGAUUUUGCCGGAAGAUUUUACUUAUGAAGAGGAGGGUGAAAAAAAAGUAAUUGCAGAGGGCACUCUACUUAAUUUAGAGCAAGUAACCAUUAUUGUUCGUGAAACGCUCAAAAGUUUGCUAGGCAAAGCCAAUUUUCAGAAAGUCAUUUUGAUGGCCGACCCAGAUGAUGACGGAGCCCAUAUUGUUAUCUUAUUAGUAACUUUCAUUUUUAAACACUUGCCUUAUUUAAUUGAAGGGGAAAAAUUAUUUGUAGCGGUACCCCCUCUUUACCGAGUUCAAGCCAAGAAACAAGUCCAUUAUUUUUAUGACGAGCAAGAAUUAAAAACUUAUCGACAAAAUCACCCCCGCGAGGAACGAAAAAUUGAACGAGUGAAAGGUUUAGGACAAAUGGAUGCCUCAGAACUAUUCGAAAGUACCAUGGAUCCUAGCCAACGGCGUUUGUAUAAUAGCGAUAAACGCAAAGAAUACUUGGAAAAUCGGGACUACCGACAAGCCACCUUAACCGUUAGCGAGGAUCAAAAAAUCGAUAUGAGCCAUCUGGCCUUGGUUAACUUUCUUCGCUAUGCCUACGCCGUAGUCGAAGAUCGAGCCUUGCCAAACGUUCACGACGGUGAGGUUACUUCAGCUAAUAUCGUGGGUAAAACUAUGGCCGAUUGGCAUCCCCACGGCGACCAAGGCAUCUACAAUGCCAUGACGAACAUGGUGCGGGUCGACAAAUUCCGUUAUCCACUGGUUUACGGACGGGGUAAUUUUGGUUAUGAUAAAAAUCCCCCCGCGGCUAUGCGUUAUACCAAGGGCAAAGAGGAGCCGGUUAUUUUACCAACCAGCCUCCCCAACUUACUAUUAAAUGGUUCUAGCGGUAUUGCGGUCGGAAUGACUGCUAGUAUUCCUCCUCAUCAUUUAGGGUCAACUUUAACCGCCACCAUCAACUUAAUUAGUAAUCCCGAUUUAAUUUCUAUCCAGAAAUUACAAACAGAAAUCAACAGCAAAAAUCAGCAAAUUGCUGCUACCGAUUUCAAAAAAGAAGCAACGGAAGACGCGGGGGAUAAACAGUCAAUCGUCGAACAGCAGAACCAAUUAAUCGAAGAGAGAAAAAAAAUCGAAGAAAGCCUUCUACAAUUAAAAAAGAAAAUCAAUCAAGAAUUAGUUAAUGAUUUACAAGGACCUGAUUUUCCCACCGGUGGCUAUGUUUUAGAAAAGGAGAAAUUACCCAACAUUUAUGAAAAAGGCGAAGGCACCAUUUACUUACGAGCCAAGGCUCAAAUUUUAUCGCCCCAAGAAAUAAAAAACGGCGUCAGCAAAUCAACUCUGGUUGCCCGUGUUGCCGAUCUAAUUAAGAUUAAGGAUGAAGAAAAAAAAAUCCCCGGUCUGAAAAAAAUUUUUGAUUAUUCUAACCGAGGAAUUACUGAUAUUCGCUUGGAGUUUGACGCCCAACAGCAUGACGGCCAAAUAAUUCUCAAUAAAUUAUACAAGAGUACGCAAUUACAAAUUAGUUACGCCGUUAAAAUGCGGGCCUUAAUAGGUGAAAACCCCCGAAUAUUUUCCUUGACGGAAAUUCUACAGGCAUUCAUCGGCAAUCGCUUAGAAAAUAUUCGUCAAAUUGCGGAAAUAAUUAAGGGUUAUCCGACGGAAGAAGAACGACACGAACAAUUAAAACAAAAGUUCACCGAAAUUAAACAAGGACAAAUAAAAAUUGAAAAUAUUUUGGGCAUGUCGAUUAGUUUUCGCCAAUUUACCCCGGAAAAACAAGCCGAUUUGGCAAAAGGAAUUACUGAUUUAAAGACCGAAAAUGAAAAAUUGGGGCAGUUAAUUAAUAGUGAGGAAAAACGUAAAGAAAAAUUAAUCGCCGAUUUAGAGCAAUUAAAAAAAGAUUACGAGAAAGACCAACGACGCACCCAAAUUAUUGCUGAUUCUCACUUGAUUGAUGAAAGAAAAGCCAUUGCUCCCGAAGAACUUAUUGUCAUUCUCAGUCGGGUUUACAAAUUAAGUGAUAAAAGUAUUAACUUGCGAGAAAGCCGAAUGUUGAAAUUAGAUGAAAAAGAAGUUAUUGAGAAAAUUGUUUCCGUCCGCGAGGACUUUUUAACUACAACCGAGAAAAAAGAAAAAUACUUAGUGAUUGGCACAAAAAAAGGGAAGAUUAAACGUUUACCCCUAGAAAAAAUUGGCAGAGUAAUGAAGGGGGGGAAGAAAAUAAUUAAUAUAGUCAAGCACCACGAUGAAAUUAGUCAAGUUGCUUUUACUUCCGGCAACGAUGACAUAAUGGUAUUUACCAAACGAGGCAAAAGUAAGAGUUUUUCCGAAGAAAAAACCCGUAUUGUUGGCCGAGCCGCUUAUGGUGACACGGCUAUUAAAUUAGAAGGUAGCGGUCAAAAAACUCGUUGUCCUAAGCAUAAAUCCCUACUCGAACAGCACAAAGUCGCUUCUUGUUGCGAUAAGAGUCAACUAG